UAAACUAUAUUACGUAUUAUAAUAUAAUUAUUCCUAGAUAUAUUGUUAAUAUUAUUUAAGAAUCUUGAUGAGGCCGCCACUUUGUGCUAAAAUUCGUUUGAUUAUCUAUUAUAACCUCUUCAGUGAUGUGACGUUUAAACGUCAAAAUUUUGUAUGUGGCUGUUUUGUAAAUAAAACAAUUUAAAAUGCCAGAGUCACCGCAAAAAGACCACGUAUUGUCGAAACGCCUGAACAAAAUCUUGGAAAUGCGUUUCCAAAAUGACCAGGACACAUUGGAAGCCCUAAAACAACUGUCGACGUUCUACAAAGAGAACACGAUACAGGCCCGUCGUAAUUUGCGCAGCCAGGUAGAAAAACGCAGCCUGGAAAUCAACAAAAGCGUCCUGAAUUCAUUCCAUGAAGUGAAGACUUCGUUUGACUGUUUAUAUAAUGAGAUUUCGUCAAUGAACAGUGCGAUUCAAGACAUGACGUCCCGUUUGCAAAACACCAAGUUACAAACUAAGCAGCUGCUUCAACAAACUAAAGUACUCCAAGAGGAGCGAGAUAAAAAUGUGAUGCAAGAAAAUCUAUCCUCUAUGUUUUUGGAGAAGUACCAGCUGAGCCCUGAGGACAUAAUUGCUUUGCAUGGCAACAAAAAUAAAAGGGACAUGGUUUUGACCAACGACAUUUAUACCAGCUUAGAUCACGUACAAAACAUCCACAAUAACUGUAAACUGUUGAUGCAAAGUGGGAUGCAAACCUUAGCUGUUGACAUAAUGGAGCAGAUGACAUUGCAUCAAGAAGGGGCACUUGAGAGGCUCUACAGGUGGACAUUAAAUCACAGCAGGAAUGUCGACAAUCCUGACCUGACUGACACAAUUGCUAAGGCAAUGAACAGGCUCCAAAACAGGCCACUGCUCCUAAAUUACGUCUUGGACGAGUAUUGUGUGGCAAGAAGGAGUAUUUUGGUGUCAGAAUUCAUAAAUGCAUUGACUAAAGGUGGCCCUUCAGGAAAUCCAGCUCCAAUUGAACUUAGAGCUCAUGACCCACAAAUUUACGUCACUGAUAUGUUAGUUUGGCUCAGCAAGGCUAUUCCAGUUGAAAAACAGAAUCUGUGCUUGUUGGUCAGAGAAUGUGACACCGCAGGUUUGGUAGAUAAAUUGGCAACAACUUUGGUGAAUAUUUGUGAAGGUGUUUGUCAGCCCUUAAGGAGUAGGAUAGAAAAAAUAUUAAAUGUUCCAACACAAGCUUCAAUUUUGUAUGCUGUUACUAAUUUGUUGAGAUAUUAUAAGAAAUGUAUAUUUCGGAUAGUGAAAGGAGGUAUUUUGGAAGAAACCCUCGAUCAGCUGCAGAAGCAAAGCGAAACGGUGUUUCUGACCUCGCUUCAGCAACAGGUGAACUCGAUGCUGAUCAAGGUGGAGGCCCCGCCCCGCGACCUAAGCCCCACCCCCGCGAUAACGCACCUGCUGUCGAUCAUGCGCGACAUGCUCUCGACGGCUAGUAUGAGCGAGGGCCGCGAGGUGGACAUGAUUAAGAUCGCCAACUGCAUCAUGGAGCCGAUUCUGAGGGCGGUCAACGAGCAGGCGUCGCGUCUGCCCACCACCGACAUGGCUGUGUACAUGCUGAACUGCAUGUACGCUAUGUACACGUGUCUGGAGCUGUACGAGUUCAUGGACGAGAGGCUGGAGAGGUUGCAGGCGCAGUCCGACGCCCAGAUCGACACCUUGACGUCGGAACAGGCCAGCUCAUUGGUGGCUAAUUUGAGUCUGGGACCUAUCUAUACCAUCCUGCAAGAUCACAGUCAGGGGCCUCUGUCCUUCAUACCUGGGAUGGAGCCCAGCAACUUGAAGAAAAUCCUUGCCAGGCUUAAUUAUUUGAUUGGAAAUCCAGAUUCGGCACUUCUGCCCCAAAUAAAUAUGUUGUCUUCGUCGAAGCAUAAAAAGGCUGUGCAAAAGAGGUCGUUUGAAGUCUUGUUGGCGAUUUAUACGCAGCUGUAUGAAAGCGUGCAUAAUCCCGAAAGCCAAUAUGAAAACCCAAAGGAUAUUUUGAAUAUCUCUCCUGCAGAACUAGCAUCAUUAAUUACUGAUAAAUAAUAAUAUAAUUUUGUUGUGUACUGUUACUUUUAAAUUUAAUUGUUAAAUAACAUUUUAAAUAAAAUAAUUGCAUUUUUUA